GUGAGGUGCCAAUGAAGCAUAAAUAGCUGUUACGUAAUAUUUAAACAAUCUAAUGACAAAAUUUGUGUUUGUUUUCUUGUUGUGCUUCGUCGUUUGUUUAUAUUCGAAGACGGCUGUUAGCUCCGGGAAGGUGAAUAAAUCAAUCAUUACAAAACAUGAAAUUUCGCUUCUGCGGAGAAGGCGACUGUCCGGAUUGGGUUCUUGCAGAAAUCCAUUCUAAUUUGGCAGUGCUUAGUUUGGAACAGCUAAAAGAAGUAGCCUACCAUGUAGCUGGAUGUGUCAUUGGAGAUGAUGUUCCGGAAGAUAAAGUUCGCGCUAAUUUUGGUGUGAUGAGGGGAUCGAUGGACACGCCGAAAGCGGCUUUCGCAUGCAUACGCUUUCUUCUGGUAAGUGCUGCCCGUUUUAAUACUGAGAGCUCCGUAUUUGGCACAGAAUUGCAUCAAUUAGGCCUGCCUAAGGAUCACACUACAGUUAUUUGUCAGGUGUUAGAGGAUUACGUUUGCCAGAUUCGAUCCAAAUUACGCCAGUCUAGUUUAACGAUAAAUGAGCUGGAAAGUGUUUCUUGUAAAAAGCCGGAAAAUACUAUUGAUUGCGUACAGCUCCGGUUUAAUAUCAAAAACGAAAUUAUACAUGGCUUUCCACAGCGUACAAAUCACACAGUCAAUAUUAAUCGCAGCGAUAUUCAUGUGCUUCUCAAAGAACUAAAAUCAAUGAAGUCCAUCAUGGAUGGAUACGACCACGAAUCAAAGUAAUUAUGAAUUAUUAUUUUGAACCCUAGGAACAUUCAAAUAAUAUAUUUAUGGUCGACCUUUUUUCAA